GUAAACGCCCGCUGCUCACCUAUGGUAUUCGACGAUUAUUCCUUCCUGCUUGCAGCUACUGUAGUCACUCUGCUGGCCCUCGUACUGGGCAGGAUACUUCAUAACAGGUUGACUCGUUCGAAAGAAGGAAAUAGUUCUGGUAUUAGGGGUUUGUCGUGGAUGGAGGAGCACAUGUACAUGAGUGAUUGUUUCCCAAAGGAGUCCAACAUAAGGCCGGCCUGUAACGUCAUCAACUGUGAAGUCUUUUUCAAGGCCGAUCUUCCGGACGACAGCGCUGUUGAGAAGCUUGUGAAGGAGAAUUUGCUCUCAUUCGUCCGCUUCUCGGCUGUGCCCGAUGUGAAGUGCCAUGGUUGGAAGAUGGUUGAUGUUGACUUGGCCGACCAUGUCUUCACUCAUGAUCCUGUUAAGGACCGUCAAGAGUUGGACACUGAAGUCGACAAGAUAAUCAACGAGGAUUUACCCAGUGAUAAGCCUUUAUGGCAAGUACAUUUCCUACCAGCUGCUGUAGGAGCUCAACAGAAGAACUGUGUUGUUUUCCGAUGCCACCACACAGUGGCGGACGGCCUCACUUUGGUUCAACUGCUAGACAAGGUUGCGACUACUCCCGAUGGAGAGCCUGUCACCUUCGUCAACUACAAGGCUAAAAAGCCGGUAGUUUUCGGUCCUAUCAAGAAGUUCUUCUUCAACAUUCUUUACUGUCUGGAAUGGGUCCGUUCAUUCGUCUCGAACAUGCGCGAGGGUAGUCUGCCUCUCGAGACCUCCUUUGGGUUCAACGCUCCUCUCUCUCAUCGAUCCGGCGAUAUGAAGUACAGCGGCGACCGCAAGUCGAUUUGUUUCAAGCCUUUCUCUGUUGAUUACGUGAAGGCCAUCAAAAAUAAGGCGCCUGGCAAGAUUACUGUUAACGAUGUGCUAUUGGGUGCUAUGGUUGGCGCUAUGCGGAGAUAUGGUAGUGCUGCUGUUGAUAACAACACCAUUAUGAGGAUCCUUAUACCCGUUGGGGCUCCAAUUGAUUUUGGUCCCAACCCCCCACCUGAGGGAGAUAGACUGGGCAACAACUGGUCGUUCGCCAGUGCGGACCUGAGCAAAGCUAUUCGAGCUGAUGGUCCCCUGGCGCGACUAGAGGAAACUGAUGGCGCGAUGAAUCGUCUUAAGAAGUCGUUGGAUUCUACCACGUCUAAUUUCAUCAGCAACAAACUUAUGCCGUUGUAUCCUCUGAGAAAGGCUCAAGAGGCUACUCGAGCCAUCUACUCAAGACACACUGCUAUCUUCUCUAAUGUUCCUGGUCCUACCCAGCCGUGCUGUAUUGGCGGCAAGCAGAUAGAGGCUAUCUAUCCUAUAUUCCUCACACUUGUGGAGCAAGUGAUUGUGAUGUCAUAUAAUGGCCAGUUUUACUUCAACACUACUGUUGAUCCCAACGUGGUGACAGAUUAUGAUAAGUUCGAAGGCUAUUACCGUGAAGAGCUCUUGGACCUGGGCAAGCGUCUUGGUAUUACCGAUGUUCAGCUGUAA